AUGGAGUGGGACGGCCUGCUCAUCGUCACCUGCGGGAACCUCGUCACCGUCAUCUCCUCGCUGUCCAUGUCCGCCAUCUCGACCAACGGCCAGAUCAAGGGAGGAGGAACGUACUACAUGAUCAGCCGCUCUCUGGGACCCGAAUUCGGCGGCGCCAUCGGCCUCAUCUUCUCCGUCGCCAACGCCAUCGCCGCCUCCAUGUACAUCGUGGGCUUCUGCGAGUCCAUCAACGACCUCCUGGCCUCCUUUCACGUCAAAAUCAUCGACGGCGGAGUCAACGACGUCAGGGUGGUCGGGAGCGUCACCCUCGUCGUCCUCUUCGCCAUCUGCCUCAUCGGCAUGGAGUGGGAAGCCAGGGCCCAAUUGGUGCUUCUAGUGGUGCUGCUCGUCGCCAUUGUCGACUUUGUGAUCGGUGCCAUCGUGGGGCCUCUUGACGACGAAGAGCUGGCCAGGGGAUUCACCGGUUUCAACAGCAGCGUGCUCGUCGGCAACCUCUACUCAGACUACAGGGAAGACGACCUCGAUCCUUCAGGCAAAAACCACGACUUCUUCAGCGUCUUCAGCGUGUUCUUCCCCGCCUGCACCGGCAUCCUCGCAGGAGCCAAUAUAUCCGGGGACCUCAAGGACCCCUCGGCAGCCAUCCCGAAGGGCACGCUGCUCGCCGUCGGCCUCACCUACGCCUCCUACCUGUUCCUGAUCGUGGUGUCGGGGUCCGUGAUGCUCAGGGACGCGACGGGGAACGUCACGCAGGCAGCUGACUGGUCCUUCGCCGAGUGCCAGAAUGUCACCUGCGAGUACGGCCUGCAAAACAGCUCGCAGGUAAUGGAGCUCGUGGCGGUGGUCGGGCCUCUCAUAUACGCCGGAUGCUUCGCUGCCACGCUUUCAUCUGCUCUGGCAUCGAUCGUGUCAGCUCCCAAGGUCUUCCAGGCUCUCUGCAAGGACAAACUCUACCCGUACAUCGAGUUCUUCGCCCGAGGCUACGGCAAGAACGACGAACCGUACAGGGGCUACGUGCUCACCUUCUUCAUCGUCCUCGUCUUCACCCUCAUCGCUCGUCUAGACGCCAUCGCGCCCAUCAUCACCAACUUCUUCCUGGCCGCCUACGCCCUCAUCAACUUCUCCACCUUCCACGCCUCCCUGCAGCGCAUUCCGGGGUGGCGGCCUACGUUCAAGUACUACAACCUGUGGCUGAGUCUGCUGGGGGGCGUCAUGUGCACGGCCAUCAUGUUCCUGAUCCAGUGGUGGACGGGGCUGCUCACUGUGGCCAUCAUCAUCAUUCUUUAUCUCGUCGUGGCGCACAGGAAACCAGAAGUCAACUGGGGAUCGUCGACGCAGGCCCAGACGUACACGCUCGCCCUGAACUCCGUGGCUUCCCUGGGCCAAGUGGAGGAGCACGUGAAGACCUACCGACCUCAGAUUCUGGUGCUCUGUGGGGCGCCGUCGGCCAGGCCUCCUCUCCUGCACUUCGCCAAUUCCAUCACCAAAAACAUGUCUUUGCUCGUCGCCGGACACUGCCUCAAGGAGCAACAGCCCCACCGCGUCCGCGCCCGCAUGACGACGGAGGCGACGAAGUGGCUGGUCCGCGGGAAGAUCCGGGCGUUCUACCUGGCCGACGACCCUCCCCACGAGCAGGCGGCGAGGAACCUCAUGUGCAACGUCGGCCUCGGGAAGCUGCGCCCGAACACCGUCCUCAUGGGCUACAAGGCCAACUGGCAGACGUGUCCCCAGGAGGAACUUCAGAGCUACUUCAAGACUAUUCACUACGCCUUCGACCUGCACCUCGCCGUCGGGAUCCUGCGGGUGGACGGCGGCCUCGACUACUCCAACCUGACGGAGGUGACCGAGGAGGAGGAGAAGAGCCUCGCUGCCUCGACCACCUAUCCCGCCGCCUCCAACGCCGCCCCUUCGACCUCCGCGCCCCAACAUCCCGAAGGAGGGGAGGUCAGCCUCCACCCCACCCACCUGCACGAGAAGGAGUCGCAGAUUACUGCCACCUCCGGCCACCUCACCUCGGUGCCCAGUUACCCUUCGUCGCCCGCUGAGGAGAGGCUCCCUUCGGACACCAUCCUUGGCGUCCUGAAGCUCGCCAAGAAGAAGAAGAAUCCCACGUACAAAGGUCCGAGCGGCGAGGUCGUGGCGCCGCAGGUGGUGGACUCCAUGCUCCGGUUCACGCGCAAGCAGCCCCAGGGGACCAUUGACGUCUGGUGGCUCUACGACGAUGGCGGACUGACUAUGUUAAUUCCAUACAUCUUGACAACUCGUUCCAACUGGUCCUCGUGUAAACUACGGGUAUUCUGCCUCGCAAACAAAAAGAAGGAGCAGAAGAAUAAACAAGACAGGAAGACCCUCCCGAUGCCUGCUGUAGGAACGGUGUCCGCCUGGCUCUACAUGGCCUGGCUGGAGACGCUGACCCGACAGAUGCCGCCUUUCCUGCUGCUGAGAGGCAACCAGUCCUCCGUGCUCACCUUCUACUCCUGAGAUGCUCCUCGGUUAUGC